UAAUUUCUUCCCCUAAUUUGAUUUCACUAUUUGGUUUCUUUUAGGGUUAAUUUUAGAUUUUAAUUUUUGGUAUAUUAGGGUUUGCCUUGAUUUUAUGUUUAUAGAUGUGAACUACGCAUUCAAUCUUUAAUUUCUUCCCCUAAUUUGAUUUCACUAUUUGGUUUCUCUUAGGGUUUUCUUGAUUUUAUGUUAAUAAAUGUGUGUGUCUGAAUCUUAGUUAAAUUACUUUGCACUUCAGUCAAACUAUACUAAAGACCUCAUAACUUGGUUCCUAUGGGUAAAAUUAUAUUGGAUUCAGGGUUCAUUUACUGUUUAGAUUUUCAUUUGUUGAGUCUGUCUAGAUUUAGCAGUUGGAGCUAACUGGAAAUACCCAGUCUAUCUGCUUUGAACUGGACAUGCCAUUUUAGUCUAUUUACUUAGUGUUUCACCAGUUCACCAGAAGCACUUGUUGGGCAUAUCCUUUUUACUGUAAAGUUGUCUUCAUUGCUUCAUAGGACGACAACACCACCCUCGUGAUUGUUGUGGAAAUAGUGAAGCAGAAUUGAUGACAGGAAAUAUAUACAAACCCUUAUGUCAUUAUAAUUCUAUUGAUUCUCUAUUGUUUACGGAGCAUGUGUAUAUGUGUCUGAACAUGAUUAAUUACCUGUAUUCUGACUUUAAACGAACCGAUCUUGGUUACUUUGUAUAAACAACAUGGAGGAGGAGGGUGUGGGUGGAGAGGAUAGGAUCCGCAGUUUACCUGAAUCCUUAAUUCGUCACAUUCUCUCUUUGCUUCCCACCAAAUGUGUUGUUGCAACAACAAUUUUGUCUAGAGGAUGGAAUAAUCUCUGGAUAUCUCUUCCUGUUCUUGAUUUUCGCGAAUGGAAAUCUCCUAAUACCCAAGAAACACUAUCUUCUACCAAUAGUUUCAUGGAUUUCGUGGAUAGGGUAUUACUUCUUCGUAACAUGUCAGAUAUUAAGAAAUUUUGUCUCACUUGUAACAGUGAGUACUUUGAUGACCAGCGGAUAAAGGCUUGGAUUCUUACGGCAAUUCAGUGUAGAGUUGAAGAGCUUAUUGUCAGUAGGGAUGCCAGUGAAAGAGUGGAUAUUAUCCCUGUCGACCUUUACACUUGUGAAUCACUGACUUCGUUAGACAUUGAUCUUUUUGGUGGACAGCAUCUUAAUCUUCCUCAAUUGAUAUCUUUUCCAAGACUUAAAAUACUUCAGCUAUCGGAGAUUUCGGUUUUCAGGCAGCGAAACAUUCAACAACUCUUUUCUAACUGUCCCAUUCUUGAAGAAUUGUGUUUGAAAUAUUGUUUGCUGAAUCAUUUGAAUAUCAUAUCGUCUACACUGAAAUCAUUAACCUUUGUUAGUUCCUUGAGAAUUUGUAUGUCAGAUGUCAAAAUCAAGAUUGAUACACCAAAUCUAAUUUCCAUCACAGUCGAUGAUGGUAUACCACAACAUCUAGUGGUGGAGAGCUUUCCAUCACUAGUGGAUGCAGAUAUACACCGCAUGUAUACUGAUCCGAGUGUCCCGGUUGAUGUUAUACCGAAUUUUGUAAAGAAGCUCUCUAAUGUAAAGCACUUGAAGUUAUCGGGCAACAUCUCUGAGAGUCUGGAGCUGGCUGAUGUUUUAUCUACAAGUUUUCCUACCUUCAUUAAUUUGAUCACUUUGGAAGUGUCUUUUUAUCAAGACUCAGCAAGUUAAAUCAUUAUUCAGUUUUCUACAGUUCUCACCAAUAUUGGAGUCACUUGUCUUUGGUCGGGUUUGUUAUGGUGAUGAAGCUAAUGAGGACGCUUUUACAUUGGACGUAGUGCCUCAUUGUUUGUUGAUGAACCUCAAGUCUAUCAAAUUUCAAUACUUUGAAGGGCAACUGAAGGAGUUGGAUUUAGUUCAACUAUUUUUGCAGAAUGCAAGGGUUCUUCAGAUGGUGAUUAUUGAAAUUUCAUCAGAUCAUUUCGUAAGCUCGGAUAAGAAGAAACAUUCCGCAAAGGAUGUAGAAGAUUUCAAUAAGAUUGUGUGAUUAAGUUAUCAAGCUCACCAGUAUAAGUGUAUGCGCGACUGUCCAUUGUGUGUGGAUGUAAUCAGGGAGAGAGAUUAGGCUUUAAAUGGUUUUCAAAGUUAUUUCACUGCGGUUUAGUGUGAUCUGACUUGGUCAAAUUUUAGAUAUCCAGAUGCUUACUUGCUCAUCUGGAAUCUGUAGAAUACUUAUUUCUCUGUUUUCAACAACUUUUCUCUAGAUUUCUGAUCAAAACAAAAAAAGAACUUUUCUCUAGAUUUUACCUAAUUUUUAUGUUCAUUCAAAAAAUUAUGUCAAGACUUUUGUGCACUGCCGUAUUAGGCUAUUAGUAGACCUUUUCCCUUUCCCAGCUUACUAGUACAAUGGAAAUAUGUCAUUUUGUACUUUAA